AUUGCCAUGUCCAAUGCCAAUCUUUUCCCUUUAACCUUUCACUGUUCACUUUUCAACUCCAUUAGCUUCUUCAAGAAGUUGAAGACUUUGUAGAAUCUCCAAAUUCGAAGUCAAUGGAAAACCCAUACUUAAAUUCUUCGUUCCCUCCCCAUUUCUCUUAACUUCUCCACCACUAACCUUACUUAUGGCCAAUCGCCUUCUCCUUCCUUCUCCUAAUCAAUGGCCGGUUGGAUUCCGGUUCCACCCAACUGAUGAGGAGCUGAUUAAUCAUUAUCUCAAAAACAAGAUUGUGGGUCAAGAAUCUCUCGUUCAAUUCAUUCCUCAAGUUGAUAUCUGCAAGUAUGAGCCAUGGGAACUCCCUGGUUUAUCAAAUGAUCAAACAGGGGAGCAGCGGUGGUUCUUCUUUUCGGCUCAAGAUUUCAAGUAUUCCAAUGGCCGUCGUUCUAAAAGGGCUACAGGAACUGGGUACUGGAAAUCCACGGGCAAGGACCGGAAAAUCAGGGCUCGAGGGACUAACAAGUUGAUUGGUACUAAGAAAACUCUUGUCUUCUAUAGGGGUCGGGUUCCGAAGGGGAUCAGGACCAAUUGGGUUAUACACGAGUAUCAUCUUCACCCAGAACCCAACUUCACAUACCUGACGUCGUAUGUUAUUUGUCUCCUAAAGAGAAAGUGGGACGAGAGUGAUGUUUUGAUACGUGAUGAAGCUGAACGAAAUGAUCUUUUGACUUCGACCAAUGUAGCCACAACAAACCAAAAUAAAGAGAUUCCAGGAAAUGGACAAUCGUUGAUUCAACCAGAUCUCCAUGUUUCGGAUUACGAUUUUCCUGAAUUGCAGUCCCCUUUGUUUUCUGAGCCUGAACCUACUUCAUUGGGUUUCCAAAUUACCAAUAGCCAUGGGGCUCACGUAAUAAAUAGACCUACUGAUGAGGCUAUUAACUCAGUUUUUGUUGAUGAUGAAAAUUUCUUUCAUGAAGGGACACCGAAUAGUUCGUUCAGUGAUUUUAAUUGGGAGGAGCUGCUUAACUUGGUCGAUGAAGACCAGAGCAGUAGUGGCAUGGAUACAACUCCAACCUGUCAGUAUGAUCAUGAUUUUCCCAUCUUCUUCGAUAAACGUGCUCGUUCAAUUAUACAAACGAAAAAUAUGCCAAUAAUUGAAGAAUCGCAUAGAAGCCCACUCGCUUCAAAGAUCCUCAAGACGGGAGGAGUGGAAGAACUUUCCUCUACCCGCCAUCGUAAAGAAAGCUUCCAAAUCAACUCAUGCCAUAGGGAUGACUCUGACAAGGAACUAAGAAAUUUCAGCUCUCGACGUCAACUUAAAUACCAUAAGGAACUACAAAAUGUGGAACUACAAAGUGUGGAACUACAAAGUGGUGUGGAACUACAAAGUGUGGAACUACAAAGUGUUCGGUCGAUAGAUCUUUCCUCUGUCCACCCUCAUGAAGAUGUUAUGUCCAUCAACUGCCUAACAUUGUGCCAUAGUGAUGACUCUGACAGGGAAGGAAGAAAUUUCAGCUCUCAACGUCAACCUAAACCCCAUAAGGAUCUAGACCACGUUGAGUCUUCACAAAGUAUUCGGUCGAUAGAUCUUUCCUUUGUCCACCCCAGUGAAGAUUUUAUGUCCAUCAACUGCCUAACAUUGUGCCGUAGUGAUGACUCUGACAGGGCAGGAAGAAAUUUCAGCUCUCAACGUCAACCUACUAAAUCCCAUAAGGUUCUAGACCAUGUAGAGUCUUCACAAAAUGUUCAGUCGAUAGAUCUUUCCUCUCCCCGCCCUCGUAUAGAUGGGAUGUACAUCAACUGCAUAACAUCGUGCAGAAGUGAUGACUAUGACAAAGCAAUUAGAAAUUUCAGCUCUCAACAUCAACCUAAAUCCCAUAAGGUUCUAGACCAUGUAGAGUCUUCAGAAAAUGGUCGGUCAAUAGAUCUUUCCUCUGCCCGUCAUCGUAAAGAUGUCAUGUCCAUCAACUGCAUAACAUCGUGCGGUAGUACUGACUUUGACAGAGCAGUAAGAAAUUUCAGCUCUCAACGUCAACCUAAAUCCCAUAAGGUUCUAGACCAUGUAGAGUCUUCAGAAAAUGGUCGGUCAAUAGAUAUUUCCUCUGCCCGCCAUCGUAAAGAUGUCAUGUCCAUCAACUGUAUAACAUCGUGCGGUAGUGCUGACUCUGACAGAGCAGUAAGAAAUUUCAGCUCUCAACGUCAACCUAAAUCCCAUAAGGUUCGAGACCAUAUCAAAGCUUCACAAAAUGUCCAGUCGAAGAAGGAAACUCAGCUCCAAUUAGUAUCAUCCCUCAGCAAGGUUAAAGCAGUUCCAGAACGAAUUGAAGUUGUCAAACCAGCUGCAUCUUCAAAUAAAGAUACUGCUGAAGACAAGCUAAGUGAAGUUGAGAAUGGUGCAGCCAACCGGCCAAAGCCAACUGGCCAAGGGUCUCGAGGGUCAAGGAUAAUGUUCCUCAAGUAUCCUGACUAUAAAAUGCAUUCACCACAAAUCAAGUCUCGCCUUGUAUUUGGCCAGAGCAUGUGUAGGCUUCAUUUUGUUCGUGAAGGUCGCAAGACAAGUGCUACUGUAUGGAAAUUGAGGAUAAACGGUGCAGGUAAUUAUACUCAUACUAACAAGUUACCCAUGUUUUCUUGUACAAAGAUGGAGUUUUGAUGGUUGAGGCUGAUUGGAAAUGUUAGAAGACGCCUGCCCUUCGUUAAAGUGGUACGUAGCUCCCCCUGUGUGUUUCUGUGUUUGUGGUGGAUUGCUUCUUAUUGCAAUCUUAGAAUUUAAAUAAGGUUUGAUUUAGGUAGAUGUUGUAAACUAAGUCGUUUAGAUUUAGGUAGAUGUUGUAAACCAAGUUGUAUAGGUUUUGUUGUAUCUCUGCUUUUGAUGUAGCCCCAACGAGUAAUCCUCCACGAACCAAAAUUGUAAAUCUUUUGUUAAAAUAAUAGUGUGUUUCAUACAAGGGAAUUUUAUUAAACCAUUCUACAAUAUAAUCUAAUCCCUUCUCUGCUUA